AUGUAGUGUAUGAAGAUGGAAUUUACAAUUAAACACAUAUGGAAUGGUUUACCUGUGAGCCAUGAGCCAGCAACAACUGGGCUGAAGUCAGACAAUGUGGGACUGCUAAUGGGAAUUAGUGCUCCCUUCUUUAAUGACCCUCCAGCACUACUUGGAGAGCUGGGGAAACCUUUCAGUAGCUGGGACUACGAGGUUGUAGAAGCAGUUUUCCUGAAUGACAGAACUGGGCAGUAUUUAGAAGUUGAGUGCACUAAUAUUUGUGUAACUGGCAUAAUUUUAAGAAAAUGGUGCUCUGAUUUUUUUGACAGGCAUGGACAACGCUUGGUGCUUUUUGGCAGAAGAGGAGUAUGGAAAGAAGAACUUCCUUUAGAGUUUGAGGUGACCAGAAUGAAAACCAAAGAGGGUAAAGCUCAUCUUCCUUGGGAUUAUUUUCCAUCAUUCAUUAACAAGUUCAAUGCAUUUGCAAUUCAUGGAUCAGGAGAAGAAAGAAAAUAUGAAGUGCUUUAUCCUGUACCUCAACAUGAACUACAGGAAGGACAGAAACCAGAUUUUCAUUGCCUGGAAUCUUUUGAAGAUUUGAACCUGAAAGGAAUAGUGGGAGAAGAUUGAAAGCAGCCUGAAUCAGAUAUUUGGAAAUCUCUCAGUUAA